GCCGCUUUCUUUCACGAAUUGAGCGUAGAACAGUGCAGAUUGACCUGGAAUGAACAACUGUUAUGGGCAGCAAGAUCUUGCCAUGCUUCGUGUCCGGAACCAUUAUCAAGGGUUUCGGCAGAGGUUCGAAGGCGCUCGGCAUUCCGACAGCUAAUCUCCCAGAAUCCGUAAUCGAUGCUUUGCCGAAGGAUCUGAGUACUGGAAUUUAUUAUGGUUGGGCAUCCUUGCAUGGAAAAGUUUAUAAAAUGGUCGUAAGCAUAGGAUGGAAUCCGUAUUACAAGAAUGAGAAAAAGUCAAUGGAAGUUCAUCUAUUACACAAAUUCCAAAGAGAUUUAUACGGUGAGGAGCUCAAGAUUAUAAUUGGUGGAUAUAUAAGACCAGAAAAAGAUUUCUCUUCUUUAGACGAACUCAUCACAGAGAUAAAGAAUGAUAUUGUAAUCGCAGAGCGUCAAUUGGAGGAACCAGUUGUAAAUAAGCUGAAAAAUGAUGAUUUUUUAAUGAUUAAUAAAGCAUAUCCGUAAUAAGAAAAAUGUAAAUCUUUGUCUGAUAAAGAAAAUUUUUUGUAAAGAAUUAUUUUUGUUACUUCUAGAGUUGCAUAUUUAAUAACCUUCCGCCGGCAAAAUGGAAUUUUAUCUUUCAUCAGCUCUGGAUCUCUGAAUUUCAAUGCAAUUUUUAUAUUGUUCCGAACUGUAUGAAAAUCUGAAAAAGUGCUGGUGCUUGCCAAAGCUUAACAAAGUCCUCUUGCUCCGUUUGACUAUGCCUAUCUGAUUCAAAACAUUUCUUGCAAGGACAAUAAAACUAUUGAGCAGAUUGAGGCAGCUUGUCAUGAAUUCUUUGCGUUUAAAAAAUUCGAAGAUACAGAAAUCAAAUCUGACAUUUUCAAGAGAUAGAUUCAACAGAUUCAUAGAGAAUUAUUGAAUAUGUCGUCCGUAUUUUGAAGAAUUGUCAUCAUUUUUUAAUAAAUUUGUAUAUAAAAACCGAGAAGAAUUAUUCAGAAUUUUGUUGACAAUUUAGUAUAUAAAAUAAUAGAAAAAAUGUGUGUGGAAUAAGAACAUACUACUA